UCCAACCUCGCACCAUUGCAGCGGAUGGAGCAAGGACAAUCGCAGAUCCCAUCCUAUGAAGAAAUCCAGCCUUAGUAUUUUUUACCCCAGAUGGACUCCGCAGCCUACUAGAUAUCAGCAGGCAUAUUUCGCCUGCUAGUCUCUCCCAAUCAUGGCAGCCGGUACAUCAACCCCGCUCGUUGGCUCUCUCGCCACUAUUCCCACUAUUCUCACCACUCGCUCUACUCGCUCUACUUCAUCUGCUUCCUCUACUGCGUCUACUCCUACUACUCCCACCACUCCCACACAUUCCCCUUGGAAUAGUGACCCCCUCAUUGACGCCUCAAACGUUACCAACCAAGAGGCCGAGACUGCCCCCUCUCUCUACCAACAAUGCAUCGCCCUCAGGCAACGGCUGUCACAGGUCCCUGGAUUUGACCCCUUCCUCGAACAACUCGACAGCGAUGACCCCCUUGACCCUAUCUACCCCUUGCGGAAUCUAUUUCGCACGGGGUAUCCCCUCCUGGCCAUUUACAACUCGCUACAUCCUGCAAAAGAGUUAACUGUGGAGAGUUCCAUCCUUACUGAGGCUGAAAAGUCCAAGAUAGCCGUCAUUAAAUUCAUCCGAGCCUGCGGAGAAGGGCUCAAUAUCUCGCCAUCGGAUACCUUUGGUGUUGCAGACUUGAUGGGUGAUGACCCAAACGACUUCGUCAAGGUGGUUCAUACCGUCAACUUUGUCCUUCACCUCGCCGCGAGCAAGCCACUGUGCUUAAAUACGGGCUCCCAGAUGGCUUAUCGAGAUCUGAUUACAAAGGAGUUAGUCGAGACAGAGCGCAAGUAUGUCGCGAACUUGGAAAAUCUGCACGACUUCAAGAAGUCUCUGGAAGAGAUGGACACUAUCCCGGGCGAGAUGAUUGAGCAAAUAUGUCCUAAAAUGGACGCAAUCCUGGAUUUCCAGCACCGCUUCCUGUCUCAACUCGAAACCAUCAAUUCAAUGCCCCCAUCUGAUCAACACUGGGGAACACCCUUUCAGAUGUAUGAGGAUGCUUUUGAUAUCUAUUCACCGAUUAUUUCCAACCACCAUAGGGCCACUCGGAUUAUGGACGAUGUCUUUGACAAGAUCAAACUAUCCAACCACCCUAUUGCAACUGACUUGCAUACUCUUGAGCAUUUCUCACUGAGCCCUUUGUCGCGGUUGGCGAAAUAUCCAGUCUUGCUUAAGGACUUGAUAAAAAGGACUGAAGAUGAGGAGAUGAAACAAGAAUUACUGGUCGGCUGCAAUACUGUAGAACUCGUUCUGCAGAAGGUCAAUGAGGCCACAGAUCAAAGGCUCUUGGGUGCGGCUCUCGAAGAUCUGAUGAAUCGAAUUAUUGACUGGAGGCAAUACAGGGUUGAGCGGUUUGGAAAGCUCAUACUGCAUGGCACCUACGGUAUUCUAAUCAGAGAUAAGAAGAAGGUGAGAGAGUACAAGGCUUACCUGUUCGAAAACAUCAUACUUUGCUGCAAAGAGAAGUAUUUAAAGGGACCCAAAGACCAAGACGACAAAGCACAGUCACCGGAACGCAGACAUGACAACAUCGGCCUUCAACUGAAAGGAAGGGUCUUCAUGACUGACAUCACUGACGUUGUCUUGACAUCAGAUCCCCGCCCUUGUAGUGCGCAAAUUUGGUGGCAGGGACCGUCUGACGCUGAGCAGUUCACCAUUGCGUUUAAUAAUGAGAUGGUUAUGAAGAAAUGGGCUGACGCGAUUGAGACCCAAAGAAAGAAAACCGAAAGCUGCGCCGCCGAUGCGCCGCCUCGAUAGUCAUUGUACGUUGCGAGCUGUCAAAUCUUAUACAUGACUCUUAGUAUGGUCGGUAGUAUCCAGAGCACACAAACUCGGCCGUUCCGUGAGGUUCAGAGUAGGGCCUGUACAUGAAUACUGCCCAGUUCACUGAUCUAACUUCUGUCUGCUCCCUCAAGGUGAGCAAGUUGCCGGCACAAGGUCAAAAAAACGCAGGUUUCUGCCCACUUCACGCUCA